AUGGAGGCAGAACUGGAGGAAUCAGAUGAGGAUGUUCAGGGAGAGGACAAGCCCACCGUGCUCUGGGAGAAGUGCAUUCAGCAGAGCAUCUUUGUUGACCUAAGUGAGGAUGAAAGUCUUCACUUGAGUGAUUUGGAGAGUUCUUUAGCCUUACGUCUGUCCCAGGCAGAGUCUGCUGCCUCCGAGGCCAGCAUCCAUCUCAGCGGGAGCGCAGAGAUGUCAGCAUUAGAUGUCACCUCCUCAGAGUCCAGUAAUGUCAGCAGUCAAAGUGAGAGGGUGGAAGAGAGAAAGAGCAGCAUAUUGCAUGUGUCUGCCAAAAGACCAAACACCAUGCAAGAUGAGCCUCCUUUAAACCAUGGCCAUGAAGACCCAGGGCAGAAUACUAGUGAUGAGGAUCAGGACGACCUACCUUAUGAUGGUGACCUUGGAAGCGCCUAUUUCAACCAGACAGUUAACUCUGAAGGGAGCACGAGCUCUGAUGGAAGAGAAACUGCUCAUGGAAGUCCUGAUGUUCCUGGUUGGCUUGAAUGUAAGACAAGAGAUGAUGUUGAGUGCUUGGUUUCUGUUGAGCGUAAUGCUGAGAAACCAGCAACUUUGUCACAAAAGGAUGCCAACACCAAGCAAGACACCUUUUUUGCCACUUCCAAGCCAAAUGAUGUAGCCGCAUCGUGCCCCUGUCCUGUAGACAUUAACCAGCUGUUGCUGCGACACUUCUCCAAGGAGGAGCUGCUGCAGUCAGGCAGGCUGAUCGAGGCAGAGACCCUGCCCGAGGUGUCCCUGCUGGAGAGCGUGGAUGACACUGUUUUUAGCCGGGCUCCAACUCACAACAGCGGACCAAUUAAUAGUAAACACCCAGAGAGCCUUGCUUGUAAUUCUGAGAUUAACCAGAGUUGCUGCUCUGAUUGGACAUCCAAAAUUUCAAGUGUAGAGGAAGAUGCAGAAAGGAAGUUUGAUAACGUCACCACUGUUGCUACCGACAGCAUUACAUCCAGCUCCGAAAGCAUGGACUCGAAGCAAGGCAGUGGUGAUGAAAGUCCCGUAGAUGUAGCGACGCAGGGAAAGGCAGAAGAGGAUGAUCAGAUUCAGAGAGUCUCACUUGUGCGCACCAGGUCCUUCACCGAGAUGAAGUAUGGCCAAGGCCAAGUCCAUUACCCACUCCCCGACUUUUCCAAGGUUGCCCCCAAGGUAAAAAUCCCCAAAGCUCCAAGUGGACCAGCCAGACCUGUUCCUCAGAGCCCCAGCACCAUGCACAGAGCCCAGUCCUCUCCAGGGAUGUUAGAGGUGAUCAGCAGAGUGCUGGAGGAUUCAGUCCAGCUACCAGAGAAGCCCUACGUCUUCAAAGAUGAGAGCACAACUCCUCCAGCUCUGGUGCAUCACCUGCAGGCUGAAUACGAUAAAUUAUUAACCAAAUAUGCUGAGGCAGAGAACCUUAUUGAUCAAAUGAGACUAGGAACUAACGCUCAGCCCUCCUCAGAACCGAUGCUUUAUUUAGAGUAUGACGAUGAUCAUCAGGGAAACUUACCUGCAGUUGAGGGAAGCCAUCUUGGAUCCUCGGCUCCUCAGCUUCCCCCAUCAGAAAACUUUGUUGAAAAAGGUCUAACAACUCCCCAGAGCUGCAUAAAAGAGGCGAACACAGCUUCCUCCAGCCAGCGUGCAGAGGGUCCCAGCGAUGGCGAAAGAAUGACUGCUGAGCUGAGAGACAUCAUCAGCCAGUUCAUGCAGAAGGUGGAAGAGUUCAAAUUGAAUGUGAGGAACAUGUCAGUGAGCACAGCAGAACAGCAAAUGAUGCUGAGGAGCAUUAUGGAGGCUCAGGACCAACUGGAAAGAAACUACAUCAGUAAGAAGGAGGAGCACAGAGCUCUGGAGAUGCAAAACUACAUGGGCCUGUCCAGGAACACCGGCACCUUCGACCCAAACAGGCUGGUGGAGGGAGACAUAUUCAGGAUAGGGAUGUACCUCGAGGACAUAAAGGAGAUGAUAGACAUGAACGUGUGUGAGCAGAUUUCUCCACCCCACUCAUCCUCCACUCCCACACCCAUGAAGGACAGAUUGCAUGUGAAGCCCAGUCCUGUCAGCAUGCACACACCCUCACCUCCAUCAUCCCUGCAUGAGGGACCAAGUGCAGAAUUUUCCACUGUGGGUUACAAGAGGGAAGAAAAAGAGGAGGAAAAGGAGGGGGUCAGCGAGGUCCAUGGAGAUGAUAGAUCACAGCAUUCCAGGAGCUCACAGUGCUCUCUGGAGGUGCUACACAUCCAGACAGCUGAAGAGGAGAGGAGCCCCGUCCUAUCAGAGGUGAUAGAUCACAGUAGCAUCUUAGCACACUUGAGUGGAACCAGUUCAUCCUCAAGACGGAGGCAGCACACACCUGACAGUUGUAGCACCUUGGAUAGUGCCGUGAACGCAGUGGGUGAAUGUGAUCUGGGCGACUGUGUGAGUCUGGCCGUGGAGGUCUCCUCUUCCUCUGUUGCACCCAGAGACUCAGGCACCCACAGCCUCUCAGAGCCUCCUCUCAACACCUCAUCUGUAUCACAGAGGAUUGUGAGCCCAGAGACAGACAGUGGAUUUGGGAGUUCUUACUUGAAUCAGUCAGCUUCUGGACAACCACAUCUGCUCCCAGAAAGUGCACAGUCCCAGAAUGAUGCUUUAAAUAGUUCGGACAGUGAGGGCUCCUGCUCCAACCUGCAGACAGCCAUCCAUUCAGUGAGCCUGACCGGCCAGCGGUGGGCCAGUCCCCACCUAUCUAUUCAAACGCAGUCCAGUGGUGCAGCAGUAGAACGGUGGGUGGAAAGCACCACUAAGGAGCCUUCAGUCAGGCUGCAGGGAUCUGAACACAGCCCGCCCGCCCGGCUCCAUCACCACGUAUCUGAACCUGUACUCAGCACCACUAUGGAUACAGAAGAGAGAAGCAGCCCACUGUACUCCUGCUCUUGUAAUAGUGAGGCUAUCCUGGCCUUGCAGUCAGAGGUAUCCAGAUUGAAGAAAGACCUGGAGGACGGCUUGGUCCAGCUGCCUCACCUAGCACAGAGGAUGGACUAUCUCACCUCUAAAUACAGACAGGAGCGGCAGGAGCUCCGGUCUAAAACCAGACCUCGGAGCUACCACAGGUCAGCUUGCAGCAGUGUGUGGAAGCCAUCAAGUAGCAGACAAAAUGUGAACAGUCUCAGUUCCAGUCAGGUGAAGAUAGAGGACUGGAUCUCUUCAGACAUGGACCCCAGUAAGAGCAAAGGUACUGACAGUGGGGACACAGCUGGCUCUGAGAUCAUGUUGCAGUUCCACAAUUCACCCGUAGAGAGCAGGAGAGCACCUGACUUUCAGUAUAAACCUCAAGUGGCACUACAAUCCAGCAGAGGGUCAGAGGGAAAUGGCUCAGUGAAAACCUCUGGUCUGCUGGAGGCUCCUGACAGCCAUGCCAAGCCGAGAAGGCAAACAGCCGUCACAGAGAGUUUUUACUCCAAGGAGAGAUGGUCUCUUUUCUCCUCUCCAUCUCUUCAGAAGCCACUUCUUCAGGUCAGCUACGGCUCCUCCAGCAGCCUGCCUGCAAGCUAUAAAGUCAGGGAGCCGCCUCUGCAGCCCACACACCAUCACAGAGAGUGCUCCACCCAGUCAGAUACAGCACUCCUGCCCAGCAAUGUGUACUUCCAGCAGACACUGUCCCCAGUAUCAGUGCCCUCAAAGACUAGCAGCAGGACAGGCAGACGCAGAGGGAGCAAGGAGGAAGAAAUGAACAGGACUCUAGACCAGGCUAUUGAGGUGGCUCGUCGCAUGAAGAGGACCACGGACCGAAUGGCCAAGAGACUGUCAGCCGACUUGGCCAAGGCUCAACUACACAGGAAACUGCACAGCAUUCAGCCACUAGGGGGCAGGAAACACCAUGCAUUAUAA